GUGCAACGAAGUAGCUGAUUGGCCGGGCGCUGGAGGCCCAGCUGGCAACGCCCCCCCUUGAAAGCGCGCGCCGCCGCAGUAGCAAGAACCUAGCCCGCGGGGAAGGAGGAGGCAAUAGGCGGCUUGAGCUUCUGCGGCUUACUAGAGCAGAGCGUACAGCUGGUUGGUGCUCGGACCGCGCCGCGACAGCAGGUCCGUCCACGUGCUUUCGGCUGCGCCAUGGACGUGGAGGAGUCGGGGAUGAGUGAGGAAUGUGGCGUGUUUGGGUGCAUCGCUUCUGGAGAGUGGCCCACGCAGCUAGAUGUGCCGCAUGUGAUCACUGCAGGACUCGGGGGUCUGCAGCACCGCAUAUACUCAUCGUAUAAAAUGAUAGAUUUCACAGAUGUCUUCUGUUUUUUUGUUCUAAGAUAUUCUCAUGAAGUCAAGCCUGGAGAAAUUGUAGAAAUAUCCAGGCACGGUGUCAGAACUCUUGAUACGAUUUCAAGGACUAAAGGAGACCCAGUGGCUUUUUGUAUAUUUGAAUAUGUUUAUUUUGCAAGACCAGACAGUAUAUUUGAAGGCCAGAUGGUUUAUACAGUAAGGUACCGCUGUGGCCAGCAGCUGGCGAUUGAAGCACCUGUGGAGGCAGACUUGGUUAGCACGGUUCCAGAGUCGGCUACACCUGCAGCUCUUGGGUAUGCGGCAAAGGUAUUGACUUUUAAUUAUUCAGUGAGUUGUUCUUCUGUCUUUCAAAUACAUAAAACGAUGCUUUCUGUAGCCGCGCUGUGGUGGAGCGUGUUUUCCUCCCUGGAGCAAAAGCUCGUGACGUUUCCCUUUCCUCCUGCAGGAGCAAACAGUGUUAAGUAUCUGUCGGUGGAAGGACUGGUUUCAUCUGUGCAACAAGACAUCAAAUUCGAGAAGCAGAAAGUGAAAAGACAUGAUAUUACAAUUCAAGAAAAUGGCAAUGGUCUGGAAUGUUUUGAGAAGACGGGACACUGUACAGCCUGCCUCACCGGGCAGUACCCUGUGGAACUGGAAUGGUAGCUGCCUGGAUGGAGUGUCUUGAGACUGAACUUGAUCAAGAAGUGGUUUAUAUACUAUCUGUUACUCAGUUGGUACAAAAGAGAUACCACCUGCUUGUGUGUGUAUACCUUUAUAAGCUCUGAGAAUUCCUGAGGUUACUAAAUUGCUAUAAUUGAAUCAUGAUGGUUACAUGUAAUACAACAUGUACGGAAUUUUUUUUUAUACAAGGAUUGACUUCCCACCUAGGAGAAGGCAGGAGGUGAAUGGUAUUUCCCAGGCCCAUGCUUGAAGGGUUUGCAAGAGGUUAGAUUAGGGAUGUGUAAUAUACACAGGACAAGGGGCUUUAUAAUGUUCAGGAAAAAUCUGAAUUCCUCGUGCCCCAUAGAGAUCUAAUCUGUAGUCUAGUCUGAAGGAGUGGCCGCCCCCUCCUCAGCACACACAUCUGUGGUUCUGGGGAUCAAUGGACAACUCGAAACAAAAACAAAAAGGAAAGAAAUAAAAACUACUUGAGAAGCUGAGGCAGGGGAUUCUUGGGUUCAAGGACAAUCUGGGUUUUCUGCCUGAGGAUUAAAAGUGUCUUUCUGUGCCUCGGAGCCCCCGUUUCUUUAAAGCAUCUAAUACACAGCAGGAACGUGAAUACACGCCAUACAUAGGUGUUUAGAGGUAUCAUUUUACCCUUAUGUUUUAAUAGCGCAUGGUCGUUAGCUUUUGCUAAGUAAGUUUUCACUUUCAUUGGGAUGGAGGGAAAUGUUCAGAUUUGCAGACCUCUGCUGUCUCUUUGGGAUGCACCAGAAUGAUUGAAAAAUGUAUCUGAGGCCUUCUUUUUCUUAUGCUUGGACUCGAAGAUGUGAUCGAUGAUAUCUAGUACCUUAGGAUACAAGCCUAGCAAAUAACUAAGUACAUUGGAAGUAGAAAACAAAAAUUUGAAUUCCAAGUAAGCCUUUGUCCUUAAUUUGAUUAGAUUUGGCUAUCUGAAUUGAGUGCUUGAUAGUUUACAGUCAUGCAUUCUUGUAUGCAUUCAGACAUAGGAUUGAAAUUGAGCAAAUAGAAACAUACUAGGGGCUGAUUUUGUUUAAUGGCUAAGACAGCUACUGUUGGGGAAUUAUUUGCCUGUACCUAAGUGUCAGUCAGCUCAUAACCAUGUCUUUUCUGCUUUGUUUUGUUAGAUCUAGUGAGAUUUUAGUUUCAAGUUUUUUAUGAUGCAGAUUUAGAGGACUGCAGUGAUUUGCUUACUAACUCAUGUUUGUGUAACUUGUCACAUGCAAAAGCAUUUAUUUCUAUAUUGUUGCCAAAAUUGCUGUAGCUUCCCAACCCAUUUAGAAACAUAGUAUUUAUUAAUAACUGAAAUUAUUAGUCUGCAUCUGGUAUAUAGUCUCACGUGUUACAGAAUAGCAGUCAAGAUAAACUGUUAGUACUUUAAGGUCAUGUGCUUUGGUGUCUGAAGUGCUCCUGUGACAGCUGCAGGCAGGUUGACUUUGAAUAGCCCUAGGGCCGUUUCAGUGGGCAGAGCCUUGUAUAUUAAAUGCAUUACUAUGGUGGGCUGGAGGGUAAGCCUUUAUUUAGGUCAGUUUUAAAAUGGCCUUAUUUAAAUUCGAUGUUUUAAAAAGAAACUCAGGGAAAGUAUUAAAACCAAAAUCUCUAAUUUGACUUUGUGUUUUCCAUAGUUUUUAUUUUGUUUUAUUGGGAUACUUUUAUAAAGGGAAAUGAUGUUGUGGUCGUUUGAUAAUUGUACAGCUUUCUUAUUUCUUCACUGUGACCUUUUUUUUCACUAGUUUCUCAAUAUGAAUUAAAUUAACAUUUUUUUCACCUGUUUCAAGCCUUUCUUUUAUCUGCUUUAAAUAUAUAUAACUAGAGUACAAUAUGCA